CAAACGUCCAAACGUGAACACUUCCUAGUCUCAGCCAAGCUUAGAAAUGCGUGGAUUCAUUGUUCUUUGUCUGACUGCCGUGGCGAUCGCAGCGCCCCAGGGAUAUAAUUAUAAUCCUGGUCCAUCGGCAUUUGGAAGUAGCCUGAGCACGGCCAGCGGCAGCAGCUCCACCUUCUUCCAGGCUGCCCAACAACAGGUGGCGCCACAGCAGCACUAUCAGCAGGCACAACAGCAGCAGCAGCAGCCGCAGCAGUACUUCCAGCAACAACCCGCUGUACAGGUGCAAAGCCACCACCAACAGCAGCAGGUGGCUCAGGUGGAGCAGCAGCAUCAGCAGCCCAUUGUGUCCAAGCGCUUCUUCAUUCACUCUGCCCCUGAGGAUGUGGAUGAGGAGUACAAGGAGCGUCACAUUACCGUCGGUGUGCCCAAGCGCAACUACAAUGUGGUGUUCAUUAAGUCGCCACAGCGCUCCAACAAGAAGACCUCCAUCAAGAUCAGCCCUGCCGUUAACGAGGACAAGACCGUCAUCUAUGUGCUGAGCAAGAAAUCCGACAGCUCCGAUGUUCAAGCCGAGGUUAUUGAGCAGGCCUCCUCCACCAGCAAGCCCGAGGUGUUCUUCAUCAAGUACAAGACCAAUGAGGAGGCUGCCCAUGCCCAGCAACAGAUCCAGGCUCAGUAUGAUGCUCUCGGCGGCAGCAGCCAGCUCACCGAUGAGGGUGUCGCUCCAGUUACCUCUGUCAUCGGCGCUCUUGGCAAUGGGGAAGCCGCCACAGCUGUCGGCACCACUGGCACUGGCAUUGGCUCCAGCUCUGGCCAGGUCAUCUCCCAGCAUGCGGGCUCUGCUCACACACAGACAAGCAAUGCUUACCUGCCACCUAGUUUCUAAAUGGUUGAGACGUAUCCACAUCAACUACAGACAUCAUCAAUAUUGUUGUUAAUAAAUUCGUAUCGUUGUUAAA